UACAACUCGACAUAUCAUUAUCAUUACAUGGCUGUUAUUAAAGCCUCUACACUGUAUGUUAUCGGUGGGUCGAGCCCCCUCCUCUCUCCUUGCAUCCCUGCAUCCCUCCCUCUCUCUCCCUCCCGGCAGUGCAUCCCCAUCCCCCACACGGUGGCCGUCUCUUCGGGUGAAAGCUGUCUUCCCAACGCCACUGGCCCGACAAAACGCUGCUGUAGCAGAGCCAGUCCGCACCGACCUCAGCAGAGCAGACACACGGGAGAGAGCACGUACACACAAGGGGAAUCUUUUCUUUUUGUUCGACCAAGUGACUUUGAUUUGCAUAUCCACUUCCACUCCUUCCUCAUUUGCAUACAGCAAGAAUGGCGAGCGGGCAUCCCACAGACAAAUUCAGUUUCAUGUAUCAACCAGACACGCACAAGAGUAAGAACAGGUUAUCUUCAGCUAUGAAUCCAGUCUACAGCCCUGUUCAGCCUGGCACCCCAUAUGGAAACCCCAAGAACAUGGCCUUUACAGGCUAUCCAGGAGGUUAUCCUGCCACGGCUCCCACUUACACACCCAACCUCUAUCAAACAGGCAGUCCCGGGUAUCCACCAGGAUAUACUCCAGCAGGCACCCCAUACAAAGUGCCACCCACUCAGUCAAAUGGAGCACCCCCUCCCUACACCCCGACCCCCACCCCAUACCCGACAGCUAUGUACCCCAUCCGCAGUGCCUACCCUCAGCAGAACAUAUACGCACAGGGAGCGUACUAUACCCAGCCAGUGUAUGCGGCUCAGCCUCAUGUGAUCCAUCACACCACCGUGGUGCAGCCCAACAGCAUCCCCUCCACAGCCCUCUACCCUGCCCCUGUCCCUGUACCUGCUCCUCGCAACAACGGCAUGGCUGCCAUGGGGAUGGUAGCUGGGACAACCAUGGCUAUGAGUGCAGGGACCCUGCUGACAACGCCCCAGCACCCCCCAAUUGGAGCACACCCAGUUACUGUGCCAACCUACAGGCCCCAAGGGACACCUGGGUACAGCUAUGUUCCACCUCACUGGUAGAGCCCACCCAUCAUAUCUGGAGUCCACCAUCGUAUGCAACUGCUCAAAUCUUACACGGGCUCCCACUGGUAACCAUGGGAACUCGGCACCUGUCUGCAAGAACAAAACUAAAGUGCAACAGCCACUUUACUAUUAUUGUUAUUGUUAUUAUGCGACAUUCUCUAACGUUUUUACAGAAGCUGCUUUUGUUUUUUAUUUUUUCUCUGUUCAUUUGCCAACCAGUCAUUACUUUAUUUUGUAUGGUUAUUUUAUUUUAUUUUAUUUUCUCAUUUUCUUUUGCUGUGUCUGUCAUUGGAACUCCAGAAGGACUCUUGACCAAUCACGGGUGUCGGUCGCUCCUGUUUCUGUGUUGUGCUGGUGUGUGUGGUCCUGCCUGCUGCUGCUCAGUUGGCUGGAAAAUAUUGGGCACUUACUCCUCAUUAUCAUCUCCAUCAUUCACUACACAGACUUAUUGACUUAUGCUGCCAAAUUUUCUAACGACUAGAUAUCAGCACAGGGUUUUAACAUAAUUAGGAUUUUUUUUUUUUUUUUUUUUUUUGGGGUUAUUUAAUUUUUAAAUAUUCUUUCUUUUUACUACACUCACCUGAAUUCCUUAACUUUCUCCUGUAGACUUUUUUCCCCCACCUUUGUUCUUCCUUCCUCUUCAUCCUUUUUUAUCUGCUUUUCAGUUUAAUCUCAGUCGUCUUCCAGCACAUAGCUGUCUGUCCGGCAGUAGUCUGUCCGUCAUCCUUGUCGUUUUGUCUCUGUGUAAGUUGCUGUGUCGCUAUGAGCAGAGCACUUACUGACCAUCACCCAUCCUCCCACAUGUCCCACUGUGUCCACAUUAGCAUAGCACCUAGCACACACUCAAGAAAACAUCAUCUACUUCAUGCCACAUACUAUGCAGGCUGGUAUGUUGUGACACUAUCGAAAUCUUAACCUAGCUAGAGAACAUUGCAACGACAUGGGGUCGUUUGGGUCCUGUCAGCUUUUUUUAUGUGGUUAGUGUAGGUCAAUACAUUAAGAAAAUGUAAAAAUAUUUAUACUAACCGUGUCAACAGCAUGGGUGGUCGUGCACACUUUCUCACACGUUACACACACACACACACACACACACACACCACACACACACUCACACACACACACGUACACACACAGGGGCUCCUGUGGUGCAUUGGAAAACACAUGAUCACUUAGUGGCACUUAACUAUACAGUACCUCCAGUUCUGUUGUUAAUUGAUCAACACACACAUACCGUACACACAAGCAAACACACACAUGGAUUUCUAGGGGUGUGCAUGGCAGACACAGCCAGCAGAGAAGGAGUUUAAAGGGACUGUGUUGGCACUAUGCGCGGAGAGCAGGAUGAGACGGGGAGAGCAGACAACACGGAGUGAGGAGGAGAUGACAUAUUCGCGGUUGGUCGUUUCAUUUCAAGGUGCAAGACAUUUGAGUUUGUGACAUCUUACCUGCAAGAAACUGCACUCACACUCUGCUAUUUUUGCACUAUAUGUAUUGUACAUUGAUUUCUCACUGUGAUUAUAUCGUCUCCUCCUCCUUCCUUCAUCCAGGCCAGGACUAAUAACCAAACACUCAACAAACAGAGACCUAGACUCUUGAGUAUACAGUUAAUAAUCGACCAGUCAAAUAGCUGUACUGAUGGAUGGGUUCAGUGCGCUCGUCCAUUUUUCAGUGCUGUCAGUACUUCAAAGACCUAACCAAUGACUUGGAUGGUUGUGCACCAAGGAGAGAAAACUGUUCAAUCAGGAGGCUGUAAUGUGUAUACACCUGGUCCAUGUCACAAUAAUGACAUUGCUGGCAAUCCUAUGUGAGAUUGCAAGAGCGCAACCAGGCUGUAAUUUAAAAAAAAGUGAUGUUUUUUGUGUUCAUGGCUGGAGUGCAGUGCUGUGAUGACAAAGUGUCUCUCACUUAGUUUUUAAGUUAUGGAAGAAGAAAAGAGCGACGUGACCUUCAGUGGACAGUAAGAGGCUUUUAGACUUUUAGCAGUAUUACAAAAGAGUUCUCCAUUUGUUUACUGUAUGUAUUUCUGCAAGAGCCUGGAGAUUUACGCACCCGCUUUUGCUGACUGCAUUCCAACAUCAUUCUCCAUUUUUAAGACAUGGACCAUAUAUGGCUGUUUACAGUUGCUUCUUUGCAUUAUUCUUCUACAUGCAAAGCUAUUUACAUCCACAGUAUGAUGAUCCAUCUUAAUCACAGAGUCUUUGUUUAUUGGUCCUCAGCUGGAGAACAUGAGGGUGUGGGGUGGUGGUAGUGGUGGUGGGGUUUAAUAUUUUAGGUGAGGCCUGUGGCAUUUUUCAGGAUUUACAAAAAAAAAAAGACUCAAAUCACAGCGUCAUGAUCUGUAGAGAACAGAUUGGUGUAACGAAAAGCAUUUACUGCGCGGGUAUGUAGAUGAAGUGGUUUGAUAUUGCAAUAAAACAAGAGGGAAUGCCUCCAACUGUUAACAUACAGUAAUUAUUUUAUCAGCGUUUUGAAUUGAUUUUUAAAAAAAUGCUUAUUGUUGUAAUCUCUAAAUAUGGAUCACAGGCUCUAUAUGCAGCCUCCAUUCAAUAAUUAUUACAGUUACUGCUAAGAAGAGUAGAACAUAUCAAAAAAAAUUGGGGUAUUGAAUAACUUUGUGAGGAAAUAUUGCACAACAUAAGAAAACUUGAUGACUAGAAUUUAAUGCUAAGUAACAGGUACCUAGGCUUUGUAGUGCAAGAGGGAGGAAGAAGCAAUUUAUAUUGUAAUUAAAAAUAAAACAAUAAGGUCGAGUGUUUGAGGUAUUCUUAGUCCAGAUGUUUGUACACUAGUAGGUUAAUUCUCAAGAAAAUAUUGCAUAAUGCCGCUGUCGGAUGAAAACCGUAUAUAUCUUUGAGCCUUAUUUUUAAAAUGACCCCUGUAUUUUAGAAGAUAUCAAGUGGAUGUUACUGGCAUGAGGGUCAUAAAAUGUUCCCACCAUGUAAGGAUCUGAAAAAAUACAGAAACUGGAUUUUCUUGCGACAGCAGUAAUGUUACUUGUUAUUAGGAUUUAUUUAACCAACCACUACUUCUGUCAGUAUUUCUCAAUUAAAUCUUACUCUUUUUUUCUCCUGUUUGUUUGUUUUUCUUUCUUCUUUCCCUCUGGUCAAUUAAGCAUAAUGGGUAUGCAUAAUAUUCAGGUGUAUUUCACUAUAGCAUUGGAUCUCUAAGUUUUAAAAAAUGCAGUAUAUUUAUACAGCAAGUGGUACAGUAAUGUAUUUCUAGCUAAGCAUGGUUGCAUCAGUGUGGCAGCUACUGUUUGUGCUUUUAAUAUAUAUUUUUUUUACCUCCUCUUCUGCAUCUCUGUCCUCUUCAUAUCUGUCACUGAGGGGGGGAGGGGGUGAGACAUUAACACAAGGUCUGUAAAUAAAAGGUAGGACUUGUGGAAAUUCUCGUCACCAAAUUCCCACAUUUUUUUUUACGAUUGUUGCCUGACUUUGCAGACCUUAAGGAAGUAGAGGAUGAAUGACAGAACUGGAAAGGAUAGCAUUUUUCUGGCUGGGUGUAGAAGGUUACCAUGAUGCUCUUGGAAAGCCAUUGUAGCUGUCCAUUUCUGUUCUGUGGGUGCAGAGAUGUACGUCUUGAAAACCCUCAGCCUCCAUGCCCUUUGUUCUGUGCCAUAUUUCACCAGCUGUUGUUCAGUAAAUAUUAGUUUCUUCUCCUAAGUAACUGGUGAAUUCUGAGUCUUUGUUAUGUCUAGCUUCCUGUGAAUCUGUAUUAUCCUAUUGCUGUCUUGUUUCUCACGUUGUUAAUGCAUAUUGCCUGUCUCACUUUUUAUCUUUCUUGUUGUAUGCUCUGUUUAUCCUGUUUUCUUUUUGUGCCACAACUCCUUUUAGAGGCCAUUUUGCAUCCCUUCCGACAUUCAUUUAGCUUUGCUACAUUCAGGGAUGCAAAAUGAUGUUGGAUCAUGUGUUCUGCUUCCCUCUCUUCACUCUCACCCUCUGCUCUCAUGCCUUUAUGUGCUAUCAGUCUGACCUUUGCAAUCCUCACAACCCCCAUCUGAACAGCAGUAAUACAGAAUUAUAUGACAGUCAUUAAAUUGGUGUUAUUAAUGGUGAUAAUCUACUGUAUUUUUUGCCAUUUGUGAUAUUCCAUUGAGCCUUUUUAAACACUAGAUGUCACCAGUGACAAAGUCUAGAAGUGGCAUCAUUACAGUUUGAGGCUUUGAGCCAGCAUGAUACAUUAAUCAUUUAUCAGCAUCAGUCACAUAUUAGAACCACAAUUUGAGCACUGAGAUAUUUUUGGGGGAUGGUCUUUUCCAGAUUUAAUGGAUUUUUCUUUUUUUUUCUUUUUUUUUCUUUGAGGACAUUCUCAGAAAUGCCAUUUUAGACGACAAAAACAAGACGUCAGAUAACCUUUUAUUUUUUGUUCUUAUAGGAGGCGGUGAUCAUUUUAAUAAAAGAGUUUUUCUUUUAUGGGCUGUGGACCAAUGGUCUUUAAAAACUGUAAUACUGUUUUAAUGUGGCGGCUCAGACGAAAGGCAGACCCACAGAGCAUUUGGGAGAUAGUUGAAUGGAAAGGAAGAAAAAAAAAGACUCCCAUAGAGCAGGUUUGUUUGUCAUGGUGGUGAAACUACUUCCUUAUUUCACUCCAUUCCUCGCUUCUCAUUUAUUUCAAUUUGCACUUAAGUGAAAACAGUUGAACACUUCAGUGUGUUUUGGGGGAAAAUGCAAAGGUGUCUUAAUCGUGGGUCUUUUUUUAAAUCAUUAUUUUACUUUCAUUCUGUCCUCUGACAUUUCCAAACAUUGAAAGGUGGUAACUUUUAUGAGGAUUACUCAGUUCUUUUUCUUUUUUUUUCUUCUUUUUUUUGUUUUCCAGUAUAUUUUAAUCUUGCUUCACCUUGAUGGUGAAAAUGCAUCCAGAACCAUUAACACCUCUCCUCUCAUUCCAUCUUCCCUCUCCCCUCUCUCUUCUUUUUUGCCUUGCAGUUGCUAAGUCUUAGUUUUUUUUCCAUGAGUAUAAAUUAAAACACUACUAUCACAGUGAAUAGUAGGCUCUUAAAUGUCUUUGAUGUUCUGCUGCAGCUUUUUAAUUUCAAUUUGUCAAGAGAUAUCUCUUAGUUUAAUUUGACACUAAAUGUGAUGCAAAAAGUGGAAAUUCCUUGUCUUCCAAAAAAAAAAAAGAAAAAAAGAAAAAAAGGCAUACUUGUAUCCCCCCCUGGAUCGAGUAUUAGGAACAACCCCAUCUUUGGAAGUUUUAGUUUGGUACCCAGUUUUGCACAUGCUAUGGUAUAUCUGUUACCGUAAGGUUGUGUUUGAAACUGAAACCCAACGUCUGUUCAGCGUUGAGAGAAGUGAAUUGUAUGUUAGCUAUCUGGUCCAGAGUGAAGGACCUGCGUCAGGCUUGUGAUAUGAAGUGUAAAUCUGUUUUUAAUUUUUGUUUUUUUUUAUGUUUUUAUUUUUUGUUGUUGAGGGUUUUUUUUUUAAAGAUCAGUUAGUGAUCUUAGUACUAUAACUAAGCCAAGUUUGUAAUUGUAUAUUUACUGUAAAAUGUAGAACAUUGAAUAACUAUUAAAAUUUUCCUAUAAAAGGAA